AUGAUACUGUCCACCCCUCUUCUAGAAAGAGAACAAGAGCAAGAUAUUGGUAAUGGUAGGCCGUUGCCAAUUCAUGAAGAAGAGGAUGGAAUUGCAAAGAACCUUGAUGCUGGUGCUCUUUUUGUUCUUAAAUCAAAAGGAUCAUGGCUGCACUGUGGUUACCACUUGACAACUUCAAUUGUUGCUCCUUCUCUGCUGAGCCUUCCAUAUGCCUUUGCUUCUCUUGGAUGGAUGGCUGGGGUUUCCUGUUUGGUCAUUGGAACUCUGGUCACUUUCUACUCCUACAACUUGAUGUCCAUGGUUCUUGAACACUAUGCUCAAUUGGGUCAUCGCCACCUUCGGUUUAGAGACAUGGCUGUGCAUAUCUUGGGGCCUAAAUGGGGUUGGUACUAUGUGGCACCAAUUCAAUUCAUAGUCUGCUAUGGUGCUGUUAUAGGUAAUACUCUUCUUGGAGGACAAUGCAUGAAGACAAUAUACUUGUUGUCAACCACUGAUGGAACUAUGAAGCUUUAUGAGUUCAUAAUCAUAUUUGGAUGCUUAAUGCUGAUUUUAGCUCAAAUCCCAUCUUUUCACUCAUUGAGAUACAUCAAUUUGAUAUCUCUGUUUCUAUGUCUCACAUAUAGCGCUUGUGUCACUGCCGGUUCUAUUUACCUUGGAAAUUCGUCCAAGGCACCAAAGAAGGACUAUUCACUGAAUGGUAACACUGUAAGUCUCAUUUUUGGAUUCUUCAACGCCACCGCCAUCAUCGCGACAACAUAUGGAAAUGGAAUAAUUCCAGAAAUUCAGGCCACAUUAGCUCCACCAGUGAAGGGUAAAAUGUUCAAGGGGCUAUGUGUAUGUUAUGCGGUAGUUACAGUAACUUUUUUCAGCGUUGCCAUCUCUGGCUAUUGGGCAUUCGGCAACAUAGCAGACAGUCUCAUCCUAAGCAACUUCUUGGAGGAUGAUAAACCUUUAUUGCCAAAAUGGUUUAUUCUUAUGACCACAAUCUUUAUUUGUCUCCAACUAUCAGCUGUUGCGUUGGUCUACUUGCAGCCCACGAAUGAAGUGGUGGAGCAAAUAUUUUCCGAUCCAACAAGCAAUCAGUUCUCUGUUCGCAAUGUUAUUCCGAGAGUGAUGUUCCGAUCAGCAACGAUUGUCAUAGCAACAACUGUAGCAGCUAUGCUUCCAUUCUUUGGAGACAUCAAUUCGUUAAUUGGAGCGUUUGGUUUCAUGCCUCUGGACUUCGUCCUGCCGAUGGUUUUCUUCAACGCUACAUUUAAACCAUCGAAGUUUGGCCCCAUUUUCUGGUUAAAUAACAUAAUUGCAGUAGUUUUCUCAACGUUCGCGGCUAUAGCAGCAAUUGCAGCUGUUAGACAAAUAACCAUUGAUGCCAAAACUUAUCAGUUAUUCGCUAAUUUAUAG